AUGACGACUCUUUUCACCGUACCGAUCAGCUCUACCGGAGGCUCAAUCAUCUGCACAAACCCUAGCGCAGCGAAAGAGCAUGAGACCAUCUACGUGCUCACCUUUAGUUCACCCCCGGACAACCGACUGACACCCAUUUUCAUUGAUGCCCUGCUGCUCGCUCUCGAUAUUAUCGAGCACCGUUACCCCAAGGGUGUCGUAGUGACUACUAGUGGAAUUGUCAAGUUCUACAGCAAUGGGCUUGAUCUCGAUCUUGUCGGGAAAACCGAAGGGUUCCUUGAGAACUGGCUGUGGCGAUUGUUCCGACGACUUUUGACAUACCCCAUGCCAACCGUGUGUCUACUAAACGGACACGCUUUUGCUGGCGGCUUCAUGUUGGCCAUGUACCACGACUACCGAAUUAUGAACCCAGACCGUGGUUUCCUCUGUGUCAACGAGCUAGAAUUCGGCGUCCCGCUUCAGACGCCCAUGAUGGCUAUCUUCCGCGAGAAGCUGACGCCAGUCACUUUCCGCAGUGUGGUUCUAGAAGCUCAUCGCUUUGGUGGACGUAACGCCCUCCAGGCCGGUAUCGUUGAUGCCGUUGGUGGAGCCGAGGAAGCGCUUGCGCUGAUCCAGACACGCAAGCUUCAGACUAAAGCUGCGACGGGUAUCUACGGUACCAUGAAGGAGGAGAUGUACUCUCGGGUCUUGAGCGGAUUGGAUGAUCAUGCUGGAAACUUGCAGUGGCGCGAGAAAGUUGAAGAUAAGAACCAUGCUGUUCGGGAAAGAGGGUUGGGCUCUGUACAGGAGUUUGAGAAGAAUGGGAAAGCGAAGCUUUGA